AUCGAUUCUCUUUAUCGAAGAACACAGUGAGAAGCUUUUGUUUUCGCGUUAAAAGCCACAUGCCUCUGUAUAUGUUGCCAUUUCUUGGAUGAAAUAUCGAAAUUAACCCGGGUGACAAAAGAAAACCUCCUUGAAAUUAAUGUUCGAGGCCCACAAUGUCAAACCAAGCAGGAACUGAAAGCCAUUCAUGAUUCCACCCAAAGUAUUGCGAAAUAACUCCUGCAACUCGCAAUAUUCUGGCUUACUCGUCUUUUUAUGACAUGCGCUUUAGCAUAAUUUAACCACUUUUACUAAAUUAAAUUCAGCGCAGAUCAUCGCCAAGUGGAAAAGCCAGACAUCUUGUAUCUUUCUACUGGGAAUAACUGUCUUUUUGUCGCUUUUGAGCUGGCUGGGGCGUUCAACUCCAAGGACAACAUUUUCACUGAAUGAUGAAUAUGUUUCUAUGCAUUCACCUGAAGGAAAAAAUAAGAACACGAACACAAUCAAACAAGAAAUACACCAUGCACUGGCUCUAAACAAAUCAAAGAGGCAGUUUCCAUCAUGGAGCGCUCGAUUACAUCUUAUCAUUCAGUUUCCGGUUUUGGACACUUCCGGUAACACAGUAGAUCACGUGAUACAACGACAAGCAGAGUACAUUUACAGUCUACAACAAGAUCUUCUGAGUCCACAUGUCGAAGCAGUUCAUAUCCUCUGUGAAAAAGGCGAAGACCCUCUUUUCAUAAAAGGGCAGAACUUGGAACAAGAUUGGAAGCUAGACUUCAAUAUCCUUGGUCGACGCAUGCGCUAUAAAGAUGCCUUCGAAUUUGCCUCGAAACGUUUGAUUCGCAAAAACGCAAUGGUUUUAAACGCUGACUGUUAUGUGCAUAGAGGAUUUGAAAAACUUGACGAAAGUAUAUUGAGUAGGAAAACCAUGUACGCCCUCACCAGGCAUGAAAGUGCAGAAAAUAUCCGUCUUUGUAAUGCGAGAGAUUUUUGUGGACCAAGGUCAAAAUAUAUUGGGUCUCACGAUGGAUUUCUGUUUAGACUUCUCGCACCAGUUUCCCCUCAGUUAUUGGACAAGAUUGACUAUCGCCCAAACAUAGCAGGAAUUGAACGAGUUUUGAUAUUCAACUUUAGAAAGUAUGGAGGCUUUACAGUUAAAAAUCCCUGUAAAAUCCUGCAUAUUGUUCAUCAUCACUGCAGCAGAGUGAGAAACAAAACUGAGCGACAUAUUCAAGGUCGACGAAUUGACCGCCAUCUUAAUAUAACAGUCGGACGGCAAGGAAAACUUGUCAUGGCGAAGUUUUCUGGACUAUAACGCCUUUUUUGAGCGUCAUCAAAGGAAACUCAAAGUUAUCACAACAGCCAAUGAGUUCAAAGAGAAACACCUUAAGAAAACCAAUGAGAACCCGUAGAAAACGCAUGUAACCGGCUCAAAGAGCGGGAAAACGCGCCUUACCAAGUGGCAGAGUCGUUUUAGUUUUACAUCUGAUUGGAGGUGACAAAAGGCUUAUUUUGGACCAAUAAUAAAGCGCAGUAAGGCAGAGCUAGAAAACCUCUAUAAUACCUUGGCCAAAUCGAGUAUCUGAGGAUAAAAAGUUUUGUUUUUGUAUGUCUAGCAUCGAAGCAAAUGCGAGAUUCGAACGGACAAAAACAAAGUUUUAUAUCCCUGGGUACUCAAAAUGGCCGUUGAGUAAGAGGUCUCGAUGCAGAUUACUCGAUGCAGUCCUAACUCACGCACAUAAAUUAGCUAAAGAUUGCUCUUUGGUACACAAAACUUUGAAUGUCAUGAUCAAAGAAUGACUUUCCUGUUACUGGCCGAGAGAUUAAACAAU